AUGCAGGCUAAUGACGAUCAUCUCAUUGAGUUCUCAGAGGCUUUGAGAACUGUUGCAAAGGCUUUAAGAGGAUCUUCUGAAGGAAAGGCAUUGGCUCAAGCUGAAACUGCUGAAUGGAAGCGAAUAUAUGAGUUGGAGAGGUCCAAGAACCUACAAUUGCUGCAUAAAGCUUGGGAGUUGCAGCAGGAGAGGUACCUCUCCAAGCCAAGCGACCAGGGACUGCGAGUGUACUGGCCUUUGGAUUUUACCAAGAGAGAAGAAAUUAAAGGAUUUUAUAAGAACUUGGAAAUAGAGUCGGUCAUAAUUACAAAGAUCUAG